GGGGCGGGGCGGGAGCCGGGCACAGGAAGCGCUGGGAGGCCCGAGCCGUCCCAGGGUGCCCCGCGCGGCGUGGACUCGGGCCGCUGCCGCCAUCCCGCUGGCGAGAGGGAGAGAGAGGCCCGCCCGCUCGCCGGUCGGGCCAGUGUGGGCCAGUGCGUGAGGGCGCGGGGGGCCGUGUCAGCGAGACGCAGAGCGCAGCCGCCACCACCAAACGGACAUGUUGGAGCCCAGCGCCGCCGCCGCCGCCUCCUUUUCCUUAUCCUCCGAACGGGACUGAGAGGGGGCCCGCCACCCUCCGCCUCUGCCGCCCGCCCCGCCGCCUCGGCCGCAGCCUCUUCCUGCCCGGCCUCUGGCUCCGCCGCUCGUCGCCCCCCCACCCCCCCCGCCCCUCAGGCCCGGCCGGUUCCCCGGCCCCGCUCCGCCGCGGCGCGAGGUCUAUGUGACCGGCGGGCCCGGAGCAGCCGCCGCCGCAGCGCGAACAUGGACGCCGUCAACGCCUUCAACCAGGAGCUCUUUUCACUUAUGGAUAUGAAACCUCCCAUCUCUCGAGCCAAGAUGAUUCUUAUCACUAAAGCUGCUAUUAAAGCUAUUAAGCUUUAUAAGCAUGUAGUUCAAAUAGUAGAAAAGUUCAUCAAAAAGUGUAAACCAGAGUACAAGGUUCCAGGAUUAUAUGUAAUUGACUCAAUUGUGCGACAGUCUCGUCAUCAGUUUGGAACUGAUAAAGAUGUUUUUGGGCCAAGAUUCUCUAAAAACAUAACUGCCACAUUCCAAUAUUUAUAUCUUUGCCCAUCUGAAGAUAAGAGUAAAAUAGUUCGCGUGCUGAACCUUUGGCAAAAAAAUGGAGUAUUCAAAAUUGAAAUUAUUCAGCCUCUUUUGGACAUGGCAGCAGGAACUAGUAAUGCCGCUCCAGUACCAGAAAAUGUUACUAAUAAUGAAGGCUCACCUCCACCUCCAGUUAAAGUUUCUUCUGAACCCCCCCAAGCCACUACAAACUCUGUACCAUCUGUACCACAGUUGCCUAGCUCUGAUGCUUUUGCUGCUGUGGCCCAACUGUUUCAGACAACUCAAGGUCAACAGCUUCAGCAGAUCCUUCAGACUUUUCAGCAACCUCCAAAACCACAGUCUCCCGCCAUUGACAAUGCUGUGAUGGCGCAGGUCCAGGCUAUCACGGCUCAGUUAAAGACGGCUCCUGCACAGCCACCUGAACAAAAAGCUGCUUUCCCCCCGCCUGAGCAAAAAACUGCAUUUGACAAGAAGCUUCUUGAUAGAUUUGAUUAUGAUGAUGAGCCAGAAGCUGUGGAAGAAUCAAAGAAAGAAGAUGCUGCUGCCGCCGCAGCCACCGCUGCUGCCGCCGCCGCUGCCAUCACGGCACCUGCUGUGGCUGUUGCACCAGCACCUGCUGCUGCCACACCGGCUGCCACGCCUGCCACUUCCCCUCCUCAGGCACCCUUUGGGUUUCCUGGAGAUGGCAUGCAGCAGCCAGCAUAUACACAACAUCAAAACAUGGAUCAGUUUCAGCCUCGAAUGAUGACAAUACAGCAGGAUCCAGUGCACCAUCAGGUUCCACUUCCUCCUAAUGGACAGAUGCCAGGUUUUGGCCUUCUUCCUACACCUCCAUUUCCUCCCAUGGCUCAGUCUGUGAUUCCUCCAACUCCACCCGUGCAGCAGCCUUUCCAAGCUUCUUUUCAGGCUCAAAAUGAACCACUUACACAGAAGACACAUCAGGAAAUGGAAGUAGAACAACCUUGUAUCCAAGAGGUUAAGCGACACAUGUCUGAUAACAGAAAGUCAAGAUCUAGGUCAGCAUCCAGGUCACCAAAAAGAAGGCGAUCUCGAUCUGGCUCUAGAUCGCGAAGGUCCCGUCAUCGACGUUCUCGUUCUCGGUCCAGAGAUCGACGCCGACAUUCACCUAGAUCUCGGUCCCAAGAAAGGCGAGAUCGAGAAAAAGAAAGAGAACGCCGACAAAAAGGCCUUCCUCAAAUCAAACCAGAAACUGCAAGUGUUUGUAGCACUACACUCUGGGUGGGACAGCUGGACAAACGGACUACUCAGCAAGAUGUUGCAAGUCUCUUAGAAGAGUUUGGUCCAAUUGAAUCAAUUAAUAUGAUACCUCCCAGAGGUUGUGCCUAUAUUGUUAUGGUUCAUAGGCAAGAUGCUUAUCGCGCCCUGCAGAAACUGAGCCGCGGAAACUAUAAAGUGAACCAGAAAUCCAUAAAGAUUGCCUGGGCUUUAAACAAAGGAAUAAAGGCAGAUUAUAAGCAGUAUUGGGAUGUAGAACUGGGAGUUACUUAUAUUCCAUGGGACAAAGUCAAGCCUGAAGAACUGGAGAGUUUUUGUGAAGGAGGAAUGUUGGACAGUGAUACACUUAAUCCAGAUUGGAAAGGAAUCCCCAAGAAGCAUGAAAAUGAAGUUGCUCAAAAUGGAGGGGCAGAAACCUCACAUACAGAACCAGUAUCACCUAUACCUAAACCUUUACCAGUGCCUGUCCCUCCUAUUCCUGUGCCCGCACCUAUAACAGUGCCACCUCCACAGGUCCCACCACAUCAGCCGGGUCCUCCUGUAGUUGGUGCUCUCCAGCCACCCACUUUCACGCCUCCCUUGGGCAUUCCUCCUCCAGGUUUUGGUCCUGGUGUUCCUCCUCCACCUCCUCCUCCACCAUUUUUGCGCCCAGGAUUUAAUCCGAUGCAUCUGCCACCAGGUUUUCUUCCUCCUGGACCCCCACCUCCUAUAACUCCACCAGUAUCCAUUCCUCCUCCUCACACUCCACCAAUAAGCAUCCCAAACUCUACUAUCGCUGGUAUAAAUGAAGACACUACAAAAGACUUAUCUAUUGGAAAUCCCAUUCCAACAGUGGUGUCUGGGGCUAGAGGAAACGCCGAGUCUGGUGACAGUGUGAAAAUGUAUGGCUCUGCUGUGCCACCUGCUGCACCCACGAAUCUGCCCACCCCUCCUGUAACGCAGCCUGUUUCACUUCUUGGUACUCAAGGAGUUGCACCUGGUCCUGUAAUUGGGCUCCAAGCACCAUCCACUGGUCUCCUUGGUGCCCGACCUGGCCUAAUCCCACUUCAGCGCCCUCCAGGAAUGCCUCCACCUCAUUUACAGCGAUUUCCUUUGAUGCCACCUCGUCCCAUGCCACCGCACAUGAUGCAUAGAGGUCCACCGCCAGGCGCCGGGGGCUUUGGAAUGCCUCCACCUCAUGGAAUGAAAGGCCCCUUUCCACCGCAUGGCCCCUUUGUUAGGCCUGGGGGAAUGCCAGGGCUUGGGGGCCCGGGGCCAGGCCCAGGGGGUCCCGAAGACAGAGACGGGAGGCAGCAACAGCCACAGCCACAGCAGCCGCCACCGCCACAGCCACAGCCACAGCAGCCGCCACCAGCUCAGCAGCCGCCACCGGCUCAGCAGCAACCACAACCGUUUAGAAACGAUAACAGGCAGCAGUUCAAUUCAGGUAGAGACCAAGAGAGGUUUGGAAGAAGAUCUUUUGGCAAUAGGGUGGAAAAUGACCGGGAACGGUAUGGGAACCGUAAUGAUGAUAGAGAUAAUAGCAAUCGUGAAAGGAGAGAGUGGGGAAGAAGGAGCCCUGACCGGGACAGGCACAGAGACUUGGAAGAGAGAAAUAGACGCUCUAGUGGGCAUCGAGACAGAGAGAGAGAUUCUAGAGAUAGAGAGUCUCGUAGAGAGAAGGAAGAAAACCGAGGAAAGGAGAAGCCUGAGGUGACAGACAGGGCAGGUGGUAACAAAACCGUUGAACCUCCCGGUAGCCAAGUGGGAGACGUAGACACUGUUUCAGAACUUGAUAAGGGGGAGUCUGAGUCUGCAGUUGUAAAAUCUUCUGAAGAGUUACCUGCUGAGGCUACCUCAUCCGUUGAACCCGAAAAGGAUUCUGGCUCAGCAGCAGAGGCUCCUCGUUAGAGACUGGAAUUUGUCAAAAUGUGACAGUGACGCUUCUGGAGUGUAGAGCUUGAGGUGUACAGAUGCUGUAUUAUAUUUGCUCCUGCUAUAUCACAGCCCCGCAGUAGUUGGUGGGGAAUUGUAAGCAAUUUGAUUGCUUCCCUUCUAUUUAAAAAUAGCCACAAAAUAACAAAAAAUACUGAAAAUAUGAAUAAAUAUUACCCUUUUUGCUGUAACUUUUUAAAAGUUUUGACUUUAAAAAGUUUACAAAUCGUAAUUAGAAGUGCUCUCUAUUUUUUUUUUUUUUAAUUUAAGACAAGGUAACGGUGAAAGCUCCUCAAAACAAUAGGGAUGUUUUUAAUAAACUCUAUUUUCAUAACAAA